AUGCUUCCGCAAAUUGGACAAAAGUCGUUACGCGAGAUCAUUGUCCCGCGUUCACACCACGCUGCCCUCAAUGUUGAGAAUAGCACCAGGCUCGGGGUUUUGGGGAUCGAGAAGUAUGCAGUUACCCAGACUCGCUCACUGGCAGAGCAGCUGCGCCGUGAUGGCGUUCGUGUUCUGGACACUCGCGUAGCAAAGAUCUAUCCACGACCGCAGGGCAUCAGUUCUUGGUCUGACACGUUGUUCAGCGAGUUUCACGGAAUCAAUUCUGGUGCUGGCUUGCAAGGUAUGGCAGGACAUACCCUGCCUCAUAUCAUUGAUGCCAUCAACCAAUUCAACGAAGAAUACCCCGGGGAGCUGAUCAUCUGGGAGUUUCACCAAGACACCUUCGUGCACGUUGGGAGAGUCGGUAGCUCACAAGAUGCGGCAACCACGCGCAAUCUGGAUGACGAGGAAAGGAUGGAAGUAUUCAAUAUGCUCAAGCGAAAUCUCAAGCACCGCGUGGACUUGCCCGCAAUUGCUGAGGGCGUGGAGGACUAUACGCAAAUCCCCCUCGAGCGCUUCAUUGGAGACCGGAAGUCAGCAGUUCUGGUCGUCUUCGCAGAUAACUGGAUGCACGCCAUGAUUGACAAGGGCGAAACGUUCGCUCAAGAGGGCAUGACAACCAGAAGCAAGUUCCCCUACAUAGGGCAAUGGACAGACACCGAACAGAUAGCCAAAAUGACGAGGAACCAGCUUGCUCAACUAAAGAGACUGCGCCUCCAGCCAAAAGACAAGCUUCUUGACCUGCAGUGGAUUCUCUCCAUGGGGCCAUCUACGUUCCUGCGGAUGUCCGGCAAAGAUCUGAUUACAAUGGCACGCCAGAGCAUGGUUGAAUUCAGAAAAUGGGUUUGGAUGUAUAUGACGACGGGGAGGUAUCCGAACUGGGUGACCCUGGACGGGCUGGAGAACGGUGAGAUGAGGACCUGGGCAAUGGCAGCCAACCUGUGCUUCGUGGCACGAAAGUGUGGUGACUGGGCACUGUCGCCGAGAUCUGACAUGAAAGGGGGGAGCUGA